UUGAGGGGCCAACAAUUCAUCAGCUGAAGUUUGAAUAAACAAAAAAAAAUUUCCUCCCAAUUUCUUAAUCCAUAAAUGGCAGCCCUUACGCUCAAACAACAAAGCAAGUUAUUUUUCAGUGUACCUUUUACAUUAAAUUUUGGUAACAAUCAAAAAAGUUCAUGAACUGCUACUUGCAGACAAUAGCCCAAAGAAGCCGCUGUCAUUUACAAACAGUUUGAUACCUAACUUUAUCCUGUACAUUUGACUAAAAAGCUUUAUUUUUGUUUUCCAAAGCAGUAAAAAUCGGGUAGUUGAAAAUAAUCAACAGUAAAAAAGCAAGAAGGUCUUUUAAAUAAGAUUUCUUUCAAGUUUUUUAAGUUUAUUAAAUUAUCUCACUCAGUCUUGACUUCAUUGAUUGUACAGCAAAAUAACGUUGUCAAUAUAUUUUUAGUAUUUCAGGCAGUAACUAAGAUCUGAUUUGAUAUCACAACACUCCAACUCAGUUGACAGCAUUUUCAAUCUACUGAACAGUCCAUUUUUCAAUAUGAAGUCGAAUUCUAUUUAUGCUUUAUUUUUCUGUGUGAUGAUUGGAUCUUCAACACCUUACAGAUUCUUCCCUGCAACUAACAAGGUGAUAGAAAAGCCUGAGCGACGCAGUUAUCUAGAGCAAGAGUGGGAUACAAACACAGAAGACUACCAAUUAGGUCUAACAGACUUGGGAGAAGGGAGCUCUUUCGGCCCCAGUUUCAUCUAUGAAGACCAAAUUCCACUCUGGCUGGAUCUCCUUUCGACUGCAACAACAAACCAGCAUCAAAGGUGGCCAGGAUUCGACUUCGAUCCAAGCAAGACUUUUAUUGACGGCAAAAGAGGAAUAUCGCGUUGGUCGCAGAGAGAAAUACCUCGAGUCUACAAUUCACACAAAGAUGCACAGUCCAUCACGGGGGGAGCAGCUUCUAAGUCCAUGCAAGUAGCGAGCAAACGAGCUAGACUGUGCUCUACAUCUCUAUUCAGCUGGAGCAGCCGAAGAUGCUGAAACCUUGGGUCGAAACUCCUAAAAGAAAGCUCCAAAUAAAAGAAUUUCCAACUAAUCCAAAUCUGUACGUGACUCGCUGAAGGACGACUUGGGAAAUACUGAAUGGCUAUUAUAACUUUUGCCAAUUGGUCGGCCCUUCUGCGAAAUAUGGAAUUCUAAUUGGCAAUAGAAUUUGUUUGAGCGUUGGUCCUUUUGUUAUGCGCGAUUUCCAUCAGUUUGGUUACGAACUCAUCAGUUUGGUUCAAUCAUUGUACUAAUGUGUGCCAAUUGGAGUGAUAACUACCAUCUUUCAAUUUAAAUUUCAAAACA